GAUCGGUUGGUUGGAAAAUUCAGUGCCCGGUGGACAGUGUUGUUACGGAUACACUUUUUUUUGCUUACAAUUGGUGCGGUAUCUUAUGGGAAAAUCAUCAGAGAUUGAUCCCCAGGAGUAGUCCCCUCGCCCAUCGUUUGGUUUUUAAUUUUUGGUGGCUCCUUAUGGGCGGAAACGGAGGUAUUUGAUUGGACCUGGAUGCGUAUCCGAAAGUGGACAGGACGCGACCAUGUAGCAGUCAUCGGGACAACGGAUCCUUUUUGGUGCGUGAACUAGAUUUUCCGUAGACAAGGAGGGUGGGGGAAAGCGGGCAUGUGUUAAAGGAAAAUUGGGAGGAAAACAUUUCGUAAUUGGAUUUGAAAAGUGAAUACUCGCCGUGAGCCGAAGGAUGCGUGUGAGGAAAGUUUGAAAGUGGUACUGACACGUGUUUCUCGCAAAUUUUCCGCAUAAGUGCAAGAAGUUGUGCAAGCAGGUUGGUAGAAGUGAUAAUACAUCAGUCAUUACUCAUCGCCACUGCUGGGGGCUGUCGUGCUUGAGAAAACAAAGUGGUCAAGCGAAAAUUAUGUAGCCCGCUGCUAUUCGAGGGGCCGAAGAGAAAAGGAUUACCAGUGGAUUAAAACUGCCAAUACCUUUGUACAUUUGGAUUAUCUUCGCUGGGUGAACUUUUAUUCCGUUAGGCACGCUAGCUACUAGCGAGGAAAACCUUAAGGAUAUCCAUUUCUAAUCAUCGAUAUGUGAAAAUAUUCAAACCAUUAUGAAGAAAUUGGAAAACUGUUGGAAAAAUCUACAAACCAUCAUUCGUGUUACUGACUAGUGACACCCCAAAAUCGAUCUCUCACGUAGAAAAUGACUCAAUUCCAGUCAAUUCCAGAUCCGAAAACCUACGAUAACAGUGCAAUAGCCAGUGGAGAAAAUCGAUUGUACAACCGUUGCCGUCAUCAUUGUCAUUAGAGUCACUGAAUUUCCCCUGUGGUUCGAGAGUACUUUGCAGGCCAACAAAGCAGCGGAAAAGAAAAGGGAAAAUCCGAUACAACGCCCGCGUGGAUGGGACUUGUGCUUGUUUCCGAUGUAUCGGCACGAGGUGCACGACUUAGUCAGUGGGUGUAUACCGUCGUCGUCGCUGUAAAGCGAAUCAGAAUCAGAGACGGCUCGACUCGGACGACACAACCAGCGAGAGAAGAGGCAGCAAAAAUUGCGCAGGGUAAAGGCAACUGAAGACUAAAAGUGAAACCAAUCAUCCCUACCUACAUUUAACUGCUCAGUCUCCAGGUUCGAAGAGUUACAUAGCAACAAAAUACACACAGUGCCCAGUGAUAGCCUACAGUGAGUGACGUGAGAAGAAGCAAAAAACAGCCAACGAACGUUAUUCCAUUUUAACGCCAAAAAAACGGAGAAAAUUUUAAGACAAAUAUUGAAAUUAGUCGGUAGUUGGAGAUGAUUAUAGCGUAAUCUGUUCCGAGAAAAAAGCGCAAUUACCGGCGAACAAAUAACAUUGCCAGGUAAAUCGAUUUUAGUUCCGCGGAGAUUAACCCCGCGAAUCAACGAACUCACGAGUGUUUGAUUAGUGCAGAGUAGGCAGUGAAACCGGCGCCACUCAACAACAACUCUAUUGUUUCGGCGGAUGGAUUUUGAUUGGAUGUGGUUUCUUCGGCGGGUUUCGCGUGAUAAAGUGACAAGUGAAAGGACUGGAUCCAAAACAUUCAUCCGGAGAUGAUGUGAUGUGAAUUCCUCACCGAAAAGGGGGAAGCAAAGUGCUACGGUGGCCAACAAGUGCAGUCAGUAAGUUCGGCGCCCUCGGUUGGAAACAGUAAAUAAGAAUUAGACGUGUUGAUCCGGUGGUAAUUAUCGCGUGUGUAUUGAAUUGGCGUGCCCUGGCCUGACGCAUGUGUGGUCGAAACUGUUUUGGAGACUGUUCAAAUCGGGCUUAGUAGCGUGUGCCGGUUGAAAAGACGUUGGACCAAGUGAGGAACGGAAGGGCUGCAAGUGCCACACAAAAACGAGUUGGAGAGCUAAUUCGGAUGAAAAUAUGUCAAAGGACCCCUCGCAGUCACGAAUACCACGGAUCGGCAGCACCACAAGCAGUAGCAGAAUCCCCAUUCCCGGCUCGAUUCGUUUCCCACAGACAAGGUUCCAGUCGAAAAUAUCCAAACCUUCCGGCUCGGUGAACCUUCCGUCAUCAACCCUCUUCGCCACUCCAGCUCCACCCACAGGACGAAGACUAAGACCGCCCAAAUCGUCAGCGGUCAGCAUCGUACGGUCGUACUCCGGGGACACACUAUGCGGUGAAGGCACUCCGCUUCUGCCAGCUCUAGCCGCUUCAACCCCAGCUCCGUCGUUGAAGCCCACCAGUGGAUUUGAGUUCGUCAAAAAGCUAGAGCUGGUAUCAACAGAGAAUCUACAUGACACAUUUGCCAUUCCUGCAACGCCGGCACAGCCAAGGCCAUCCAGCCAAGCCGUGGACUACAACGAUGACGUGCGGAUGCUAGUAGACGAAUCGCUGGAGCUGGUCGGUGCCGACAGUACGGACAGCAUUGUGCUAGCCCAGCAGAACCAAAACGGCAUAAACAUGCUGAAGCCGGCAUCCAGCAACGAAACCGUAACGCUUAACCGCGACGGAAACGUAACCUAUGAGGUGAAACGCAGCGAAACGUUUGUCAAGUCGUCCCAGGAGUCGCUGAAGCUCGGCGGAAGCCGAGAAUCAUUGAACCGAACGAGGGGGGCGUCGCUGGGUCAAAAUAACAGCAGUGGAGAGUCUCCAAUUCUGGACAAGACCCAUUCGAUGCUUAUUGAUUUGGGAGAUAACAAGGGAGCAUUAUGUUCAACUAUGGUCUCAAAUCGAGCGAUAAACGUCACACAAAGCAUUCCAAAUGUUACUGCAGAAAUCGAAGGUCUGCCGCACAUCAGUAGGAAGAGUUUGAUGUACCAAACACAUGAAGUGCUUAGCCCAGAUAGGCUACUCCCUGCGGAGCCUUUGGUUCCACAGCGCCCCACUAGACUGACGUUCAACUUGAACGAAACUAUGAAUAUUCUGAAUGUAUCGGAUCCCACUACAUUGAACAAGACGCAGGUUUUCAGUUCGACUAUGCAUUCACCUCUAGCAGUUGGAACAAUUGAUGACGUGCUGAAUGUGACUAGAGAUAUCCAUGGAUCCAGCUUAGUAGAUGCUAUGCAAAUGGACGUGAGUGCUGGGGAUCGCACACUUACUGCGGACGAUUUGGAUGUAGAUCGGGCCAAGUUUGGUGAAACUAUGGAUGUUGAUGAUGGCGAAGUAGGGAAGGAAAUUUUUGACCUGAGUUUAGAGGAACCGGUAUCUAUUGGGAAGGAGGAAGUGCUGAUGCGACCUACAGAGGGAAGGAGUUCCAUUCCGGGAAAACAACGUUACUCGUUUGGACUGGAUUUGACCGAGACGCUGCUGCAUGAUUGUUCGAUAGAGCUUUGCGACUCAUCGAUAUCGUCGGCAAAACCACAUUUGAAAUCUCCUGUAUCGAGCUUGACGAAACAAGGUUCGUUUGAAAUGGAUGAAAGUUUGGGAAUACUAACACCUGAUCAAAUGAAAGAAUUCCUAGACUCUACAACCACCAAUACGAACAAUACAAAUAAUUUGGAAUUGCAAUUGAAUACCGGUUCUCACAAACAUGGUCAUCAUCACUGUCGAAUUGAUCAGACUCCUUCGCCGGAAGAGCUGCCACUAGAUCCGGUUGGUGUCAAAACGGACAUGUCAGACAUCAUUCUACCAUCGGAAAUACUUUCGAACGCCGGGCCGAUUAUGUACCAGGAAAUAUCCCAAACUGAUUCAGAUUCAAAAACGGAUCAGAUGACAAAAUCCGCCACUUCGAAGGUAUCCAACAGUUUCAUCACAAGCAUAACAAGCAUCACCAGUUUGGAUACCGGCUACCAAGGGGACGGUGAAAUGUCUCGUCCGGCUAGUCGUGGUGCCGAUCACUCUCCAUCGAACGGACCAAGAAUGAAAAAUCAAGCAGCGGCUAUAUGGAAUGGUCCUGUUGCCCAACCCGCUCCGGUACCACGCCGACCGGAUCCGAUGACUGAUAGUGACUUUUUCACCGAAAGUGAUGCCGAUGAUGUGUUGAAUCGUGGAGAUCGAAGGGCGCAGAUAAUUGACGGGCAACUGUAUGGACCGAUGAUGCAAGGGGCUAAUGUAUUCAUAAAUCAACAGCCGCAAAAUGAUGAUUCGUGCAUGGAAUCGAGCGGUAUCUUUACGGAUGUGGAGAAUCGCGGGGAGGAUGAUCUCGUGCAUAGAAGGUCUGAGAACGAAGACCGGUUGGAGCGUGACGACGACGAUGAGCAUUCCAUCAACGGGGUAGGUCAACUGGUUGCAGAUAGCGAUAUGAGCCCCGAUGUUUCAACUGAUACGAUCAGUAGCAGCAACACAGCAUGCAGUCAGAAAAAGCUGGUUCCGCUAAAGGCGGGGAAAACUGAAGGCGGUGCUAAUUGUUUACAAACCACUCCAAUGGUUCCACCAAUGAACGCAAACGACUCAUCACCUGCUGGAGUCGAGGAAUCAAACGCGGAGAAUCGUCACCAUGAAGCUGACGUCAACAAACAUGUUGUCACUCCCUCGUUAAGUGGUGGCGCCGCGGUUGCUGAUACAAACACGUUGCACCAAAUCCAACCGUCACCGUCCGGAGCCUCUUUAGUGAGCGACGCUGACAGCGAGAACGGCGUCGGUGCUGGUAGUGUUGGUGGAGCGGCUAGUAAAGUCGAGAGCGCUGCCACCAACGUCCGAGCAGGGCCAAACGCAAGCAGCACCGACAGUUUGUCUGGCGCGCCCGUCGGUAGUGGAGGUAGUAUCGUCGGUAACAAUGUCGGUUUUAGUGGCAAAAAGCCCGGCUCCAGUCGUAAACAGCAGAAAAACGAAUCGAAUUUGGUGCUGAAAAAGCAUGAGAUGUCGUCGCGUUCGGCGGUUAAGACGCGCCUUUUCAAGGAGAGCGCCGUUUCGAAAUCGUCGCAGUGUGUCGUCGUCGGUGGUAGUGCCCUGAAUCUGGACGUCGAGAGUGAGUGUCAUGAAAAUCAGGAAAACAAGCGUCCCACCAGUGCAAAUCGCGGUGGCUGUGGCCCACGUGCCAGUGCUAGUGUUGGAAAUUUGAGCUUUACGAAAAAAUCAGCCACCCCGAACAAAUGGGACGCAGUGAUGAGUAAAAUUGCCGAGAAUAAGUCCGUGAUCAAGAAGAAUUUCAGUGAUGUGAAGUCGAAAAUCAGCUGCGGCAAGACGGUGGUGUCGACGUCGUCCUCGUCGGUGGCGCUGGGGCGUCGGUUGGAUUCACCGGCGUCGCUCAAAAGUCCACCGUCGGAAUGCAGCAGUAUCGGGAAUCGGAGCAUCGGUGCCAUUCCGAUGAGUGGCGGCGGCGGCGGCGGUUCUGGCGGGAAGCGAACCAUUUCCGGAUCGGUGAAGCGCAGUCGCACCCACAGCAAAGACAGCCAUCAAAGCUCACAGAGUGACAUCAGCUUGACGGACGGAUCACCGAAGCUGCAGACCAAAGUUUCCAGCAUACGACCAGCCAAGAAACGAGAUGUGCGCACAAUCAACUCGUCGUCCAGUGAUUUGGGUCCACCGUCGAAAACCGUUGGGAGCAGCAAUGGCACUGCUGCUGCUGCUGCUAUCGCAGCUACCAACAACGAGAAGCAACAUCAACGAGCGAACCUCCGAACGGGAACCACAUUGCAGAAACGCAUUUCAUCGCCCGGCAGUGUGGCAAACAGCAACACAAUACCGUCGAUCAUUCCAGAGCAGCUGAAAGGUUCACCACCGCCACCGAAGCGCAAUCUCAUCGCAAAGCGAACGCUUGCCACGCCUGUGUCCACCGUGGUGAAAUCACCGCUGAAAGAUCACAACCGCUUGGUUGGCCCGACACCGAAUGCCAAACAGCAGCCCGGAGCGAAUUCCCCGAGAACGCAGACAAAGACCUUGAUCCGAACCCACCCGAGUCCAGUGACGCCACCCACAAACACGACGACGUCAAGUCCGAAGAGCAACAACAGCAUCAACAAUAACUCCAUCACCAGCAAUGGUACCACGCUGAAAAAUGUUGCCAACAUUCAACGCAACGGAACCAUUAUCCUGGAGAAGACCGGCUCGCCUCUGAUUCUGGACAGAGGGCGGGGUGGGGGAGCCGGUGAUGGGUCGCCACCGACAAUCGGUGGACUCGGACAGAAGAUUGUUGGCAGCAGCAACGAGACGAAGCUGGCCAACGGUUCCGCCGUCGACGGACGCCAUGUGGACUCGUACCGCAACAACAAUUUAGUCGAUAUUAGUUUGCUCAAUCAUGCCAACCGGAGCGUGGAGGCGCUGGGAGUUUUAGUACAAUACUUAGUUUUUAAUCUGGAUGCCUUUUCCUGUCCCACUAUCAAAAAGUCCCAUCAGAAGACCACUCAUGACCUGCUAGAGACCAAAUCAAUGCUCGAUGAGGAGCGCAGCACGUGCCAGUCGCUCAAGCAGCAGCUGCUGGAGAACACCGAACGGGAAGCAGAACUACAGGAACUGCACCGAUGUGAAAUUAGUAAAGUGGAAACCUGUCUCAGCGAGCAGCAACGCUCGGCUGCCGAUCGGAUCACCGCCCUGGAAGCGGCGCUACUCCGGCAGGAACUGGAAUCCGAUGACAAGUUGCGGAUCACCACGGAUCAAUUUGAGUUUCGUUUGGCCGAAAAAGAAGCGGAGCUCAAACAAUUGCAGAACCGGGAGCAGGACCUGCUGCAGCGAAUAAACGCCCUGUCCUGUACCGAGAAUGAGCUCCGCGAAAAGGUGCACUCCAGCGAGCUAGAGUUUAGCGAGCGCCUGCAAGUCGCAGCCCUGCGCGAACGUGACCUUAACGAUCAGCUCAAGCAGCUGAACCGACAGAUGGAGGAGAUGCGCAGGGCGGCGGAAACACGCGAGAUGGAAUUGGAGGAGAAGAUCAGCCUGGCGCAGGACGAGUGCACCGUGCUGCGGCAUAGCCGGAAUUCGCUGGAACCAUCGCCGCCCCAGGAAGAUCAUGAAUCGUCGCAGCGCUCGUCCCUAGGUGGAUCGUUUGCGGCGGAUCAUUCAUUCUCGGGAGCUCCGCUGCAGACGAAUCGAUCGUCGGGAAAUCUCAGCCAAGCGCAGGUGCUGCAGGAUGAGGUGAACAGUUUGAGGUGCGUGUUGGACCUGAAGCAGCGGGAGAUUUCCGACCUGCGGAAGCAGACGCAAGAGUACGAACGCGAUGCCAAGGAGCUGCCCAGUGCGUUGGUAAAAGUCUCCGCCCUGGAGUCGAGGAUUGAAGAUCUGCAGGUGCAACUGAAGACGAAAUCCGAGGAGGAGAAAGAGCUCCAACAGAAGCUAAAACUUCUCCAGGAUAACCUGAAGCAGGAAAGCAAAACCAAAACCCGUUUGUCGCAGCACAACGAGGAACUGCAAUGGAAGCUGAAACAGAACUCGGAAAAGUUCUCCCACGUGUACGCCGAGCUGUCCAAGAGCUACCACGACAAUUCCAGCUUCAUGAACGCAACCCGGGCCAGUUUGGAUCCGCCGACGAUGACGCAGGUGAACCACAGCCGAUCCAGUGCCGGUUCGGAACGGGUGUUCGAGAUGGACGACCUCUCGCCGCCGACUUCGCCGGUCAUCAAGGGCGUAGUCGAAAAGAGCGAUUCGGUUUCCUGGGUACUGGAGAUGGACGAUGAACCGCCGGAAAUCUCCGCUUCGCGGAUGGUUCGCCGGGCGGGUUCCUUUCGGUCGUCAUUUGCAAGCGCUGGCGGCGCUGCUGCCGCCACUCCGGAUGUGAAACGGCAGAGAUGCUUCAAUGCCUCUCUGAACGGUAUUCAGCAGUCCAGUUCGGUGGGAUCGAUUUUAAAACAACAGCAAGAUACAUCACCAUCCAAGGCGGGUUCGCCCAGUACCCCUAGGCUGAGGUCCAAGUCCGUGAGCAUUAAGGCAGCUACCGAACCACCAAAGAAGAUUGUGCGCUCGAAUUCGGGCGCUUCGUCGUCGGCGGUUUCAAAACCCAUCCGGAUGGCGGAGAUGCCUCUGUCGUGGAAGGAACCUCCACUGUACAGCAGCUCACCGUACGCUCACAAGAGGUUUCUGAACGAGCGAAUGGAAAACGGUAUCAGUAAGUCGUUUCGAGACGGAAAAGAUUUAUUUCUCGAAGAAACGGAAUUUCUAGGCGAUAUGGGAGGCGAAAGCCCUUACACAAGGAGCAGGGCCGGUUCGUUUGGAGAAGGCCCCGCUGAGGGAGCUUCGGAGCAACCAAUUGAGUUUUUUCACCGAGACAAAACCCCAAAUUUUAAGAAAAGUAAAGAGAACCGGGGUCUGAUAACUUGUGAUACGACGGCGCUGACGGAAUACGGAAGUGACACUCCCGUGCACAAGAAACGGCGCGAGUUCGCACGAAAAAAUCUUACCGGUAAGAACAACUCGUUACCAAAGGAAGCGGCAGGAGAGGCACUUGUAUCCGGAUCGAACUCGGACGACGAGGGAUCGUCGUCGUCUUGCCUAUCGGAUGACCUCUCGUCUGGGGGAAGCAGCACCAGUAGCGGAAGCAGUAGCAGUAACUCUUCCAGCACCGGUGGUCCGUCCUCGUCAUCUCGGUCGUCAGGUGAGGCCAGGGAGGCGCUGGUGCAGCAUAAAGACGACCGGCAGAACCGCGGGGCAAUGUCCAGCGAAGAUCCUCUAUUGCAGAAAAUCGUUGCUAGUCUGAACGGAACCAUUUCCAAUAACGAGGGCAAUGAUACGCCCAUGGAAGUCAGCUGGUCCGAGGACGGAGAUCCGUCGGAGUCGAUCGUAUGACAAGACGAUGAUAGCUUUUAAAAUGUUGCAGCAACGUGGGACGUUCCCUCGUUUUCUAUGUAAUUGAAAAUUCGCUGACUGAUGGCUUCGAUAGUUCGAAACGAUGGUCGUCAUCCUGGUUUUUUAUUAUACAGUAGGUUCUGUUUGUUUUACACAGUUAGUCAGGUUAAUCAGUUGUUAAAUGUAUAAUUUUCUGUAUUUAUAUGUAACAGUCAGUAAAGGAAUGGUUUUGCAAGCGAGAGGAAAGGCCCGUUGAGAUUGAGAGAGAUUUGUUCUUUGUUUUUUUUUUUCAGUUUAUUUCAUUUCAUUUUAACGAGUAUCUGUUCAUUGGCAUGUUUGAGUUUGUGCUUAGUGAUCCAACUAUUGGAGGCAGCAGAUUAUAAUAUGUAUCAAUAUUCAAAAUAACAGUCAGUCACAGCGGUUGAGAGAUUUGUGUUUUUGUAACUAUUAGGCGAUAUAUGCAGAGCAGAAUAAAAAUAAAAUGGGAAGAAAGAUGUGUUAUUAGAAGAGUAAGAUUUUUGGUCGAUUUCCACUUGGAGAGUCACCGUUCGAAGAUAAUACAAAACAAGCUCGUUCAAGCGAACAAGUAAUUGUCCUUUGGCAGAAAAAAUAUUUAAUUGUUACUAGACUUAUAAGAGAGAAUUUAAUCCAGAAUGUGAAAACUUUUGUCAAAGCUAAUAAAAAAAAUCAAAAGCAGUUUGACCCCUAUUUGUGUAUAAAAUUGACUAAUCUUUAGGAAAGCGGAGAACCAUUUGUGAAGCGAAGGCACCGUAGAAAACCUUUUGAACCAGCAGAGACAGCAGGAGUUGAUAACAAAAUGAUGAAAAUUUGGUGCUCAUUUGGAAUUUGCGCAGUCGCGUGCUUAUGCAUUCGAUGCGCUACACUCCUUAUAUAAGAAGGAAAACUUAUUCGCAUAUUGUGUAGUAGUUUGUAGUGAAAGUUUACUAAAAAGAAAUCACACACAAUAAUGGAUAUACUUAACCCCCUUUUGGAAUCUUUGGAUGAGGAAUAAUCAAAUUAAAUUUUUUAUUAGCAAGCAAGAACUUGAGAAUAAAUUGGAACCAACUUGUAGCGUUUUAUCUAGAUAUGUGCGACACUUUUCCAUUUUGCAUUACGCAGAGAUAAUAAAGGUUAUUUUUCUGUUUGAAUUACGUUCUCAAGACACUACUAAUCGUUGGCUCAAUGCAAUUAUGCUAUGCAAUCCGGUUAUGUUGGCCUCUCCUCUUUUAGUGAGUAUGUCAACAAGCCGGAAUCAUAUAUGUUCUCAGUUUUGAAGACGUCUGAGGAAUGGCAAGCCUCGGCUAGGGAAGAAAUGAUACUAGCAAAGAGCAACACGCGAUACGAGAGAAAUGAUCCAUUUAUUUACAAAUCUUAAAAUUAUUGAAGUUAGCUGAGCGGGAGUUCUGAUGUAUGAUAUUACAUUUAUUGAUAUGAUGAAGCAUUGAUAUGACGAUGCCGAUAGCUGACCCAGAGUCAGGCAGACCGAUUAAAAUACCUACACAAACACACAUUCAGCUAGCAGUUUAUGCAACUAAAACGUGAAAUGAGAUAAUUAAUUGAAAACAGUGACACACAAUAAACUGAAAAUAUGGACAUAUUAA